CCUACACUUAAACCCCUCCCACUGGGACAGCCGGCUCCAGUUUCAGCCGGCGAGCGAGCGUGAGAACAGGUCCUGCUCUCGGGCACCGUCAGCCACGGCUCCUGACCCGACCGCUCCCAGCACUGCCUGGCUCCGCCCCCACCCCAAUGAGCGAGACCUCCCCCGUCAGACCCACAGCACAUGGAGGAGGCUGCAAAUAGAAGCACCUGGAAAGAAAGCCAAGGAGAAGCAGCAGCAGCCGCCAGAUCAUAAUCGCACAGGAGCCGGCAGCAACCGGACCAGCGAGGGGACCAGCACCCACACCACAAGAAGGAACAUGAGUCUUCUCAAAGAGCGAAAACCAAAAAAGCCGCAUUACAUCCCGAGACCUCCAGGAAAACCCUUCAAGUAUAAGUGUUUCCAGUGCCCUUUCACUUGCAAUGAAAAGUCACACCUUUUCAACCACAUGAAGUAUGGUCUCUGCAAAAACUCCAUCACUUUAGUGUCAGAGCAGGACCGCGUCCCCAAGUGCCCCAAAUCCAACUCUCUGGACCCCAAGCAGACAAAUCAGCCAGACACGGCAGCAAAACCCACCUCUGCCAAGCCUGUUGCCAAUGGGCUCCCACACUUUGACACCAAGCUUCAGCAAAGCCUCGCCAAGGACGAUGCCAAGGAAAACGUGGAACUGCACACACGUGGGCCCCACAGGUGCCCAGGACAGAAGUCUGCUCUCCACGAGGAAGCAGCACCCCUGAGUCCAGCUCCGGAAGCCACCAGGGGCACCCAGCCCGUUCUGGAAGGCAUCGUGCGGCCUUCAGCCUUUGUCCCAGUGGGAGAGCACAGACUCAAAGGGCCAGAGCACGCUGAGGCUCCUGAACUGCUGGCCCUGCCUGGCCCCACGGCCAAAGCCACCUCCUUCCACACCAAGUCUGCGUUCCAUGCUCCUGGUUAUCCGUGGAAAGCUGGCGCGCCUUUCCUCCCGCCAGAGUUCCCACACAAAAUCCCGUCUACAAAGGGGUUUAGUGCCAUUUCCCCUUACGUGCACCCCGCAAUCCCAGAGUACCAGCCACACUUUUACACAGAGCAUGGACUGGCCACCAUCUACUCACCCUACCUACUUGCUGGGAACUCACCUGAGUGUGAUGCCCCCCUGCUGUCCGUCUACGGGGCCCAAGACCAGAGGCACUUGCUGCCUCCCCCGGGGCCAGUCCCCAAGCACUUGAACCCCCCCUCGGCAUAUGACCAUUACAGGUUCUUCCAGCAGUAUCACUCCAACCUGCCAAUUCCUUAUGGAUUUUACAGACCAGAGUCUGCAUUCUCCUCCUACGGGCUCAGACUCCCACCUGUCACGGGCAUUUCCAGAGAUCACAGCUCUCACCUACUGGAAGAAACCGCCCUGCUCUACCCGGCCCUGAGUCCGUCCAAGUCAAGUCCUUCCAACACCCACAAAAAAAACACCGAGUUUGAGAAGGGGAGCCCAACUCCCGAGGCCAAAGACCCCUCCCAAGAUGGGCAGAGGGACACAGAGGGAACCAAAAUGAGCCCUCGCGCGGGCAGCGCAGCCACAGGCUCCCCGGGAAGGCCAAGUCCCACCAACUUCACGCAGACAAGUCAGCCGUGUGCCGGGCUGUGCGGCCUCUCGGACAAACCAGCUGCCAGCACCCUGGGAAGGCUCCAUCAGCCUGAACACAGCCUCACAGCCUUCAAGCCUGUCAAGAAAAGCACAGAGCACCCAAAUUCCCAGGCUCUGGAAAACAGAGAAGAGUCCCCAAAAAGCCUUGAUGCCAUGAACGGCGAUGCUCCAGGUGAGACCAGAAGCGCAUCCCACGACCCAGAGGCCACACCUUCCAGCCCAGAAGAUGGCUCCAGGACAGCCCCGCUGAACCUCUCCAAGAAACCAGAGGCCAGACCAGCCACUCACAGCCCCGUGUACAAGGACUUUGCAGAGGUGCAGGACAUGCCUCUCAACCUCUCGGUGAAGGACCCCUGUAACGCCCUGACUCCGAGACCUCCCUUCCACAGCCCACCGCAAGAGGCAGAACCUGCCAGCACCGCUGCUCAAAACACUGACACGGAAGCUUCCAAAGAUGGGCCAGAACACACCCAGACGAACCAAAGCACCCCUGAUGCCAUGGAGGCGCCACCAACAACGCCCGCUGUGAAGGCCCAGGACGCAAGAGCGCUGGACAGCAGUGACGAGCAGAAGCAGACAGCGGCCGUGGCCCUCUGCCAGCUGGCGGCCUACAGCCCAGGGAACGUCCGGAUGGGCGACGGGGAGCCCACGGCCCCGGAGUCCGCCUGCCCACAAGACGCACCCACCCUCAGCGCCACGGAAAACCCGGAGGCUCAGUGUGACCUCAGACCCAGAGGGCAAAAGAGGACAAGCCCCAGGGACGCAGGGAAGUCCCAGCAAGGAACAAAGAAGACGAAGCCGAGUGACACAGCCAGAGUGUUCACCCUUCGUAAGAGAACACGGGUGUCUUAGUGCCGCUCUCGCCGGAUGCAGACACACCUUCCAAAGUAGGUUACGACAGCAGCAACUCUUGACUGGCACCGCAGCUUUCCCUGGUCAG